AGGUGCCGAGAGGGGUACCUGACGAUCAGUUCGCGUAGCAUAGUAUAGCGGCUAAAUAGACCGUUCGGCUCUCCGGGUCGCUGCAGCGGUGAACGAUGACGGCAUGAGCAGCAAGGACGACAGGCGCAGUUUCGAUGCCUCUUGUCAAUAAGUUGAGGUUGUGCGAUGGGCUUCCAUGGUCACCAGUAGGGUAGUGGUUGGUUUCGGGUCGACGUAGUUGUAACAAUGAAUGAACAUGAAGUGUUGUUCUGUCUCAAAGGAGGUUCGACCGAGGUAAAGUUGUACGUCAACAUCGCUCUGUCAUGGCAUCGGCAGGAUACUGUCUUGACAACAACAACUAAAGAAGAAAUAUGUGUGACUCUGUUAUCUGCUGCAGGAGUUAAUCCGAGGUCCAGACGAACACGAGCGGGCCCAAAUAAGGUGGCGAUUCCCCUGGCUGCAAGCUGCCCUUUCACGUCGACAAUACAAGGUUUCGAGGUUGUGCUCAUCUUCGAGCAAACGAGCCAUGAUCCCAUUGCGGUGGUCUCCCACAUGCGUGCAGAGGCAAAUAUAGCAGCUGCACAUCCUCAAGGAUUCGGAGAUGCUGGCUUAGAAGGUGAAGCGUACCGAAAGUCAGCCAUGAAGGUCUUCGGGGCAUCUGCGGUGGGCGAUAGACUCCCGUCUUUUAUCUCUCCAUAAUUGCGUGUCAUAUCAUACGGAGAUUAGACCAAUCGUAACACCGUUACGGUGU